AUGACUUGGAUAAGAGUGUUGCCGAAUGUACGGCAAGUAAGUGUUCCACGAUGCUACCGCCGAAUCACAUCUGUCGAAGAAACCAACGUCGUGGAACUGUAUAUAUUUUGUGAUGCAAGCGAAAACGGGAUAGCUGCAGUCGCCUACUUCAAGUUCAAAGAGGAUGAGAAGAUUGAGUGCAGUUUGAUUAGUGCAAAAACUAAAGUGGCCCCUCUAAAAUUUCUUUCGAUCCCUCGCCUAGAGCUUCAAGCUGCUGUGGUAGGAGCACGUCUAGCGGAAUGCAUUGCCACUUCACACCGAAUGAAAAUUACACGGCGUGUUUUCUGGUCAGAUUCCCGUGAUGUGAUUUGCUGGCUCCGGUCGGAUCAUAGGCGAUAUAGCCAGUUUGUGGCCUUCAGGAUCAGUGAACUGCUGGAAACAACUCACGUAAGCGAGUGGAGAUGGCUUCCAACUAAGGAAAACGUAGCCGACGAUGGGACGAAGUGGGCACGACUACCAAACUUCCAGCCUGGCAGUCGCUGGUUUCGCGGGCCGGACUUUUUAUGGGAAGAUGAGGGCAGUUGGCCAGGAGCUAGUGGAGAUCAAGGGACGACAAAAGAAGAGAUGCGUACGACUGUCUCGCAUCACACAAUCAGCGAAACGUUCCUGACAUUCGAUCGAUUCUCCAAAUGGAAGAGACUGAUGAGGACUGUGGCAUAUGUGCAUCGCUUUGUGGGUAAUCUUCGUAGGCGUAUUAAACGAGAAGUAGCAGAGCUUGGCCCUCUAACCCAGGAAGAACUAAGUUGUGCUGAGAACUUCAUUUACCAGCAAGUUCAGCAACAAGCGUACCCGGAUGAACUCCAAAUGCUCCACAACAACAGUCCACGUAUGCAGCCUUGGCAUAGGAACUUGCCGAAAUUCAGCCCACUUUACAAGUUCAGCCCAUUGGUUGAUAAGCACGGCGUGCUGCGAGUGCAAGGGCGAAUUGGUAAAUGUUCCUGGGUUGACGAGUAUACCAAGAAUCCCAUCAUACUUCCUAGGAACAACUAUGUGUCCAGUUUGAUGAUCGCCGAUUACCACGCCAAAUACCAUCACCAGAACCACCAAACAACGAUGAACGAAAUUCGUCUGAAAUUCUACAUUCCUCGUCUGCGUGCAGAGUACGAACGGGUUCGCAAAAAUUGCCAGUACUGUAAAAUUCAACGUGCUAAUCCCCAACCACCCGCAAUGGGGUAUCUCCCACAAGCUCGAUUAGCGGCAUUUCUGCGGCCCUUCUCUUAUACCGGAGUGGAUUAUUUCGGCCCGAUGUCCGUCACAUAUUUGCACUGCGCUUUAUUGCCAGAAGAGGCUCACCGCUAG